CCCACUUAUUAGCUAUCUAGCAAACCCAGACCCGAGUCACAGUCACCGAGCCAAACGGAACCACCAAUGCUCCGCCGCCGCCCGCGCCUCCCCGCCGUCCCCUCGCCGCCGCCGCCCGCACUCCGGCGAGCCUUCCGCUCGGAAGCCGCACUCGAGGCCAUCCGCUCGCGCUCACUCUCGUCGAAGACCGCCGCCUCCUCCUCCGACGCGGACCAGGCGGGUCCCGCCAGCCUCGCGCUCUACAACUACCCCACCUUCGCCGGCGCCUACGCCGCGCUCGCCGCCCGCCUCUUCCACUGCCGCCUCCGCCGCCGCCUCCUCGUCCUCCCCUUCUCCUCCGUCGAGCCCUUCAGAGUGGAGGACUUCGAGGAUGCGGGGUUCCAGACGUGCUACCUUUUGGAUUUCAUUGGGCCGAAGAGGUUUGCUUUCGAGCUCUCCCAAUUCGUCCCCAGUGUGAUAGCAUUUGAUCACCGGCAAAGUACACUAGCAAGAAUCUCCCAGUUGUUGGGUCAGUGCCCAAGCAAUGUUGAGCUUCACAUCGACACAACAAAGAGCAGUGCUCGAGCUGUAUUUGAUUAUUUCUCCAAGAAGCUUACAGGAACAAAAUCUGAUUCUGGCAUGUGUGAGAACUUGUUGGAACAAGAAGAUGAGGAGCGGGUUUCAAAUGUUCUCGAAUACAUAGAGGAUGCAGAUCUGCGACGGUGGCAGCUUCCUAACACCAAGGAAUUUCAGACAGCACUUAGGGAUGAGCGUGCAAAGUUGAACUGUGUCACAAAUCCUCAUGUUUUUGAACAGCUACUACAACUUGAUGCUAGCGAUCUGCUUACUAGGGGGAAGUCACUUGCUCAUGAUCGCCUACAGGCUGCAGCAGAGUUCAUACACAAGCCUUUCAAGAUUCAGCUCGGAAGAGGGUUGUAUGGUGAAUGCCUGGCAAUCAGAGCAGAUGGACACUCAAAAUUGAGCCAUGAAAUCGGUUUGGAGUUGAGUCGAAGGAGUGCUGCUGCUGGAUUAAGGCCUAUAGGAGCAGUGGUCUUCAUGCAACGUGGCAUCCUAAAGAUUUGCUUGAGGGCUACCGACAGUACAACUAAUACAGCAGAGAUUGCAAAGGCAUAUGGUGGAGGUGGAAAACCUAGCUCAAGUUCUUUUGCACUAAGAAUGGAGGAGUUCAACAGCUGGACUUCGGUGAAUUCAUAACUCAUAAACAGACCUGGAAGGCUGGAAGGUGACGUUUUUGAACUGUCAUUCUACAGAAACAGGCACUCAGCUGGCCGCACCUUUUCUCAUUUGCAUGGAAUAGGUGAAAAUGAGCUGACGUUGAAGCGUUCUGAUUUUAGAGGGGGGAAAGCCAAAGCGAAAACAGUAUCCUGGCAUGCUCGUUGUUGCUCUCUGAAGAACAAUCAGGAGCAUAAUGCUUGAGCUUGAAGCUGUUUGGGAGCACGGUUACAAAUAUCGUCGGUAACCGCUCGUUUAUCGCGGUUACCAGACGAUUCGGUCCGCAUCGCUUUUAUAAACCGAGCAGUUACCGAUCAAACUUCAAUUUAAAAUUCAAAAAAAUUCAAAAAUUUGAUCGGUUUCUACCUAAUUCAAUUGAAUUACUGUACAAUUACCGUGGCGUGGUUACCGCCGGGACCGGUAACGGUAAAAGAUUUGAUGCAGAAGAAACAAAGAAUUCCCAACUGAUAAGCGUCAGAAGUGAUCCCAACGGUGCAAUGCAACUAUCCUUUCAGCCUUUCCAUUAGACUUAUGUGCUUCAGUUGUACAGAUAUCCUAAGGUGGUGUACUUUGACAGAAAAAACUAUGACACCUCGGGUGGCUAGUUGUACAAUUCACCUCAUCCUCCAUGCAAGGCGCAUGGUCUAUGCUGUUGACAAUUUCAGCGAUUAAACAAUAUAUGUGGGCUUAACUCA